GGUUGGCGGCGGCGUACCAACCUCAAGCUGGGGAAGGAUAGACAGAUUGUUUGACUGAUAAACGUGGUGAGUUCUGGAGGUUCGUUGUUGACGCUAAGCCAGUGAGAGAGUGGCUGUCACGGUUAGUCAGGCAAGGUACGGCCGGAUACGGGCUUCGACUACUCCAGAGGUGCGGAGUACUCAAGUGCUCUUCUUCCCUGCCCACUCACCCCAUCGCCUCCCCAUUGCUUGGAAUCAUCGCAGUCAUGGCUGGUUCGGACUCCCCGAUAGAACAGACGGAAAAGUCUCUAGUGCAGAAAGCUAGAGCAUGGGGUGAGAGCUCGUUUCCGCCCACCCUCCUCGCGUCCCUCAUCACCGGGCUGCAUGGGCGCCCAUUCCAGGCGCUUCCGAUGCUGUUCCCUCCGAUCCUGCUAUUCACAAGUUAUGCAAAUCUCCAGGGGUUCAAGACCGAGACUGCCGGUAUCAGCGCAGCGUGGUCGGGGCUGUAUCUGUUGCUCGCGAACCGGCGCAAACAGGUGUUUAAGAAUAAAUGGGGCCCGGGGGGCAUUGUCCGCGGCGCGGCCAUGGGUCUUUCCUUCGUCAACCUGGUCUGUGGCGGUCUAGCUUACACGCUGGGGAAGAGAGAUGAGGAGGAAGACUAAACGUAAAAUGCAUGCCCUGGUUCGGGCAGUACGAUUAUGCAGGGUCUUCCGGGUUCAUGUACAUCAUGUACGAUAUUAGCUAAAAGUGGGAUAGGCGUUGUUUUGGGUAUGGUGUUUUGGUUCCCUUGAAACGGCGAUAUCCGUCGAGUAAGACUCGACGGAUGCGCUCUUAAAUAAGUCAUCUAUUUGUGUACACUCUAUAUCAAAUCCUGGGCAGCUGGUUGUUGAG